AUGGCUCUGACCAACAGGGGUAUUGGUCAGCUCAAGGACUUGGCCACCAUGGUUGCAGAGGAGCCACUGUCGGACGCUCAAGUUGAAGGUGACAUGACAUUACCUUGUGACACCAAUAAUGAAAAAAGACAAACACAAUACUUUAAAUGAGUGUCAAUCACUAUGAAUGCCUGUCGAAGAAUUAGAAAUGAAAAGAAGGUUAGUUAAUUUCAGUAGCACAGAGGGAAAAAUAAUAGAAUUUCAACCAGAAGGAGUUUGUUAUAAAACCCUUUGUUUUCUCCUCGGGGACAAUCAAGUUAAUCCUUUCCUAUUCUAUCCUAUCCCAUAGCGUUCCAGGCUGUCUUUGAGCUGUUUGUCACCAACAGUCAUGGCUGCAUUGACGCAGUGGGUCUCUCCUCCCUAUUGGACACAGUGAACAUGAGACUCAGCCCCGAGCAGACUGAGGCUGCCCUACAUAGGGCCGACUAUGACGGUGAGGUCACGCACAAGGACAUACACCUGCAAUGUAUCCCAAGGCAGGAUCAAGGAAUUAUGCUACUGGAAAUUUCACACAAGAUGAAAACAUUCCGUUUGCAAUUCUAACAUGUUCCAUGGAAUGUGAAAUGCCUUUAUAACCUGUUUUCCAAUACAUUUUAAAUGUAUUUAGGAACAAAAAAUGCUCUCCAAACUAGCCUUUCAGGUAGAAUAUGGGGUGGGUGCGAGUACUCGAUUUAAGGUUUGUACUCAAUUGCUUAUUAACAAAUACAAGUACUCAAAAUGUACAAAUGCAGCUAUUUAUCAGGUAAAAUGUAUAAGCACAGAGAACAUUUCAAACUUUUAAAUGUGUGUGGAGUAUGUCAAGUGCAGUAAUUAUGUUAAAUUACAUGUUCAGUUGUGUAUCAGAACAGCCAUAGGCUUAAUUGGAACAUCCAAUAGGAUAAUUUUUUGCCUUCAGCCCUGUUUCACGCUAACAUGCGAGUACUGGAGUACUCACAAUUAUUUAGAUGAGAGUACUCCAACACAGACGUUCUUUCAAAUUGUCAUCCCUAGUAGAACGUAUGAACGCUAUCUGUAAUUUUAAUUUAAGGAACAAUAAUUCAAAUGUGAUUUGUUUCUAGGAGAUGGUGAGGUAGGUUUUCAAGACUUUCUGUGUGUGAUGACAGACAGUCAGAAGUUCGCCAGGUGUAUAAAAGGUAAAAAGCCUGUAAGAAAGAGAGGUGUAUAUUUUGACCGAUUUUAGAUGGCGUGUACAUGCUCACAAUGACAUAAUUUUUUCAAGCCAUGAAACAGGUGCCAACUACUCCCUCUACUCCUCCUCCCUCAAUCUCUCCCUCUCUCUCUCUCUCUCCAUUCUCCCUCUUUCUCUCCCUCUCUCUCCCUGUAGCGGAGUCCCCUGACCCAUCUCAGAGUGUGGAUCAGUCAGACUCUGUGUUCUACAAAGCCUUGAAUCAGAUGCUGAAUGCGGGCCUCAUUCCCAGCAGUGCCACUGGGGAGAUAGUUCGGUAAAAUACAAACGUUCGUUCUCUGAUAAUAUACACUAGCAGUGCUUCUGGUCAGGCACAAGCUAAACACUAAAUGUAUGCAAGAAUUGUGAGGUUUAUUAUGAGAAUAAAUAUUUGAGUAAAUCAUUUGAGUAAAAUGUUGCCUUUGACAAAAUACGAAGAUCAAAGCCCCAAAAGCAAAUAUUGUCAGUUUAAGUUCUCGUUCUCUGAGUCUAGGUAGUUUUUACAGGUGAUUUUUGCGGCAUUCAAAAUGGUGUCCCAACAUGCAGAAAUAAGCUCAUCAAUCAAAAGGCCUUUUUCGUGGCCUCUCUGUCUCCAACCAGGUAUUACCAUAAGAAGUCACUGCGUCAUGUGUUGAAGGUGGCGCCGCAGCAAGACAAGAGCAGGGGUCAUGUGAUCACCUACUAUGCCAAGGGGGCCCACCUGGUGGGCCUGCAGCCCAAGCAGCUGAUGAAGUACAUCAAACCCGACGGUGAGCAACGUCUGGGCAAUGUUUGUGUAACGUCUGAACAACAUUUGACCAGUGUUUGAGAAACAUAAUUUCAGUUCCUGGUUUUAUUGUGUGUAUAUUACUUCCCCUCCUUACCACAGGAGGUUGGUGGCAACUUAAUUGGGGAGGACGGGCUUGUGGCAAUGGCUGGAGCGGAAUAAGUAGAAUGGUAUCAAUUACAUCAAACACAUGGUUUCCAUGUGUUUGAAGCCAUUCCAUUUGCUCCGUUCCGGCCAUUAUUAUGAGCCGUCCUCCCCUCAGCAGCCUCCUGUGCUCCUUAUCUAUCUUUCAAUUUAACACUGUGUGUGUAGCAUCCAUGUAGAUGCUACACAUUGGUCAAGGUGAGUUUCCCCAAAGCUUGCAAUUCAUCAAUGUCUUCUUUGGCAACAUUGGAUUACUGAAUUGAAUUGAAUCCGAGUCACUGCGUUGUGUGUGUGACUCUCUCAGCUCCCAGUACCAGCCCGUACUCCAAGCGGCCCAGCCUGAACGUCAACUCAAAGGUCACGGUGGGCAAGCGGGUGGCGACCCAGGGAAGUGCCCCCUCUGCCAAGACCUGGAAGACCGUGGAGAUCGAAGGGCGCAUCAGACAG